UAUAUAAAUUACUUAUUAAAUAACAUGUCGUCUUUGUGUGGUGUGAGUUCACCUGCUCAACGGAUUGCAAGUGUGGAAAAGACUGGAAAUCUAAAAUCGGGAAACGGGUGGUACCUGUAGCAAACUUAAUAAUGAUAAUCUACUCCAUAGUCUCCACCAGAUGGCUGGUUACUGCAAAUGAUACAAUUACCCAGGGAUUAUCUAAUUACUGCGGUGUUGGGGACGAAGUCAAUUGUACAGUAACUGAAGGGAAUUGCACAGUUUGCGUGGACCUUGGAAAAAAUAUUGAAUGUGAAAAACUAGAACGAGAAGUUGACGAACUCGUCGUGUUUUGGCUCCUUAUUGUCGCCGCUAUCUUGAGGCUCAUUGUAACAGCUGUCCUAUUGCUUCUAGACUGGAUAUGCAGAAUCAACAGUUGUUGCAUAGAUUGCAAUAACCCCCAUGCUAAAACACUCCUCGUUUUGGAAUUUCUUGCAGAUUUGAUUGACCUAACGGCUGCCAGUAUCUACACGGCAUACAACCAAAGCCGAAAAGUUGACCAACCAGUUCCGGGAGAAAAAUUAUGCGGAAGAUUUGGUGCCGCAUUUAUAGUCUCUUGGCUCCGCGGUGCCCAGGUAGUUUUCAAAGGAUUGUGCCUCUGUUUAUGUGGCAAGGGAGGGGACAAGGAGGAUGAUAGCGGGGGAGAAGGAGAUGGUGGAAAAAGCGCUCAGACAAGCGUAUAAACUAUAAAGAACAAUAAACUGACAUGAGGUUUCCCACAUACAGUUGUAAGAACUACCCCCCUUACUUGGCCAACGAAAACAAAUUUUUAGUGGAAUCAUUCGUUAGCCGCUAUUUUAAGUGCUGCCAUUGAAGCCCCGUGCUUGUCAAAUAUAUCCCCAAAUUACUCAAUAAUUUCAAAUUUGUAAAAUUUUCUUCCUUUUUGCAUUUUUUUUUUCGCAAAGCACAAUUGCUGUGUCAAUUACUGGCGCCACGCUGUUUCAUAUACAAACGUAACAUGUUGUUUGUUUUAUAUGUGGCUUUUAGCAAAACGCUUUUAAAAUUUCGAGUGGUAGGCUAUGUGCAGUGGUGGGAUUCAGUCGGUUUGUACCGGUUCUAUAGAACCGUUUCACGGAAUUUUAUGAGAUUAGCGAACCGGUUAGCAUUACUAAAAAAAACAUGCAACAGAAACGGCCAAAAAAUAUGA